CAUGUAACAUGUUGUCAUGAUACUCCUAGACAUUAUUUUAUGAUAAAAUUUUACUAAGAAUUGUGUAACUACAUUGAAGAUAAAUUAAAAAUUUUAAAAUAAAUUUAUCAUCGACAUGUGGAAAGGCCUCAGAUUGACACACUCACAACUAUCAAAGAUACAUUUUAAUGGACAUAAGUUGCAGCCUGUCGGCGUACCUGCUCUAGAUUCCGUUUUAAGACAGUGGUAUGAAUUCUGUAAAAAGCCGCCUAAGGGUUUUGAAAAAUACUUCCAACCGGGUAGCGGUCAGAAAGACGCUAAAACUCAGGAAAAAAAUGCAAGUCCUCCAUCUAAAAGUUCCGCGCCUCCAUCGAAACCGACCUCUUCAUCAUCAGAUAAAUGGAACAUGAACAUGUUCUCGCCUUCUAGCAGCAGCGGAGGCGGAAGUGGAGGCCGCGGCGGCUAUGAAGGCCAAGAUAAAGAGAAGUGGAUGAUGUUUGGAGCAAUUGGUAUUAUGACAUUGCUUGCUUCAGUUGCGUAUUUUGAAUUAAGAUACAGAGAGAUAAGUUGGAGAGAUUUUGUCAAUUUGUAUUUAAACAAAGGUGUAGUAGAGAAACUAGAAGUUAUCAACAAAAAAUGGGUCCGAGUAAAACUUCAAGGGAAUGCAUUAGAAGGAAAGGUUAUUUGGUUUGCAAUAGGUAGUGUCGAUUCAUUCGAACGUAAUCUAGAAAAUGCACAAAUUGAAAUGAGCAUUGAUCCUCCUAAUUUUGUACCAGUAAUUUACAAAACUGAAGUGGAGGCUGCCAGUCUGACGGGAAUGCUCCCUACUCUACUAAUAAUUGGAUUUUUAAUAUACAUGAUGAGAAGGUCUGCAGACAUGAUGGGACGCGGUGGCCGUCGUGGAGGAGGCUUGUUUGGAGGAGUGAUGGAGUCAACAGCUAAAUUAAUAAAUCCAACAGACAUUGGAGUAAAAUUCCAAGAUGUUGCUGGUUGUGAAGAAGCAAAGAUAGAAAUUAUGGAAUUUGUCAACUUUCUUAAAAACCCUCAGCAAUAUAUAGAUUUGGGAGCUAAAAUUCCCAAAGGUGCACUAUUAACAGGUCCUCCCGGUACUGGUAAAACUUUACUCGCAAAAGCAACUGCAGGAGAAGCUAAUGUACCAUUUAUCACUGUCUCUGGUUCAGAAUUCUUAGAGAUGUUUGUAGGUGUUGGUCCUUCCAGAGUAAGAGAUAUGUUUUCUAUGGCACGUAAACAUGCUCCAUGCAUACUGUUUAUUGAUGAAAUUGAUGCUGUGGGUAGAAAAAGAGGAGGUCGUAGUUUUGGUGGUCAUUCAGAACAAGAAAACACUUUGAAUCAACUGUUGGUUGAAAUGGACGGUUUUAAUACAACAACAAAUGUUGUGGUGCUUGCAGCUACAAAUCGAGUAGAUAUAUUAGAUAAGGCAUUGUUGAGACCUGGUAGAUUUGAUAGACAGAUAUUUGUCCCAGCACCAGACAUUAAGGGCAGGGCCUCAAUUUUCAAGGUGCAUUUGACUCCUCUCAAGACAACACUGAAUAAGGAAAAUUUAGCAAGAAAAAUGGCUGCAUUGACUCCAGGUUUCACCGGCGCGGAUAUUGCUAACGUGUGCAACGAGGCGGCACUAAUUGCCGCUCGCGAAUUAGCCAACGAUAUUACAAUGAAAAAUUUCGAACAAGCCAUCGAAAGAGUCGUCGCCGGUAUGGAGAAAAAAUCUAAUGUUCUCCAACCAGACGAGAGGAAGAUCGUAGCGUAUCAUGAGGCAGGCCAUGCAGUUGCUGGUUGGUUCCUACAACAUGCAGAUCCCCUUUUAAAAGUGUCUAUUAUACCUAGAGGAAAAGGUCUUGGCUAUGCACAAUAUUUACCCAAAGAACAGUAUUUAUACAGCAAGGAACAACUAUUUGAUAGAAUGUGCAUGACACUAGGGGGUAGAGUAAGUGAAGAGAUAUUCUUCGGAAGAAUAACCACAGGGGCUCAGGACGACUUAAAAAAGAUAACACAAAGCGCUUAUGCGCAGAUUGUACACUAUGGUAUGAACGCUAAAGUCGGAAAUGUGUCUUUCGAGAUGCCACAGCCCGGUGAAAUGGUGAUUGACAAACCAUACUCUGAAAAGACCGCAGAACUCAUCGAUUCAGAAGUCAGAGACCUGAUUAACAAUGCGCACAAACACACAACGGAUUUAUUAACAAAACACAAACCUAACAUCGAAAAGGUUGCAGAGAGAUUACUGAAACAGGAGAUUUUGAGUCGCGAUGAUAUGAUUGAACUGUUAGGGCCUAGACCGUUCCCCGAGAAGAGUACUUAUGAAGAGUUCGUUGAAGGCACAGGAUCAUUAGAUGAAGACACGACGCUACCAGAAGGCCUCAAGGAUUGGAAUAAGGAGAAACAGCCCACAACACCACCGCCGGAAACCAGCCCAUCAAGCCCCACAGCCAGUAAAAAAUAAGUACCCGGUAGUAAUAGUUAUUGUGAAUUAUAUUUAAAAUUACCUUUAAGAUUUAAAGGCUUUUUUGUUUGCGUGUUACUGUUUUCGUAACAUAUUUUAGUUGUAGUCGAAAGAUCAAAAUACUGGAACUUUGAUUGUGGGAGUUACACAAUAUUGAGCCUUGCAUUUCUGUGUACAGCUGUGUGUUAAUAGAUGCCUGUUACCUGGACGUCUUUUUUGUAAAAUAAAUAUUCCGGU